UGUUCAAAUGUCUCAUGGUAGCCAUAUUGGUACUAAAGGAUUCAAAUGCCACAGAAUAAAUCUUUGGGUUGCAUUGCAUAGAAGAUGACUAGUGAAGAUAAUAUAGAUAGAAAUUUGGGUAAGAAAAUGAUGGGAGAAGAGGUAAUGAGGACAGUGGAAUUCCUGAGAGGGAGAUUGCUUGCAGAGAGAGUUGCUUCAAGAAAAGCAAAAGAAGCAGCUCAACUUAUGGGAAACAAGUUGGUAUACCUGGAGACAAAGUUGAAAGAAGAGACUAAAUCAAGAAAUAAAGCUGAAAAGAGGCUUAAGUUCCUAAAGAAGAAGCUGGAGUGCAUGAAUGUAUCAUAUGUCUCAGAUGAAUCAGAAAAUUCAAGCUAUGAGGUUUCAUCUAUCCCUUCUACAAGUACACCUUAUUCAAGCACCAAAGACUCAGCAAAUUGCUGUCAAGAAAUGGAGAAAGUGAAAACAGGGAAUGAUUCCUCUGAAUCUUUAUCCGGGAAAUGCGAAACCAAAGAGGCAGGUGAUGCAAUUGAGGAGGAGAACAUGAUGAGUUCUUUAGGCAAAGCCAAUCUUGUGGAAUCAAGUAAGCUUGAAUUCAAUGGAAACCAUGAUCUCUCAAUGGCAAAUGGAAAUAGCAGGAGAAGUUCACAGGAAGGGAAAGAAAUGGAUGCAGAAAACAAUUUGGUUAGAGAAGAGAAUGUGGAUGACUCAUUGGCUAUAGUACCAGUGGAAAUGCUUAAGAUAAAACAGACCAUUGAUCCAGAUGUUCUAGAUGAAACAGUAAGAGAGGUUCUUGGUUCUCUGAGGCAUGCCAAAGAGAAGCUUCAAAAUCAGAUGGAUCGGAGAAGGUUAAAGCAAUGUCUGUUGCCUGAUCUACCAUUUCCCAAUCCAUAAAGAAACAGGGCUAUAGGGUAAGUACUAAGUAGGCUUUGCACAUUUGCAGCACCUUAUAGUCAACAAACACUUAUGUAAGUGGGAAUUCUAGUUAAGAGUGCUGCACUGUUAAGAUUAAGUUAAGGAAAUGUUUAACUGCAA